AUGAAGUUUUUCUUGAGAAAAGCUGAGAGAAAAGCUAAAAGACAAGAAAAAAAAGAAAAAAAGAACAAGCAUUAUAAAAAGAUAAGAGAAAAUGAGCCUCCUGAAGAAAUUGAAGAAGAAAAAAUAAUUCCAAAAAAAGCGAAGCCUGAAAAGAAGCCAAAACAGGAACGAAAAUUCUCUGAUGAUGUGAAGUAUUUAGACGCAGAAAUUGAAGAAUUGGAAAGAAAGCUUGGAGUGAAAUCUUCUAAGUCAAAAGAGUCAGAUAAAAACUGGAAAAAAUUAAAGAACCACCUUGAGUUAGAUGGGUUUGGGGCUGAUUUUUAUGAGUUCUUAGAAGGAAAAGCUUUUAAAGAAGAAGAUGAAGUCUCUGUGGAAGGAUUUAAAGAAGGAGAUGAAAGCCCAGAAAUCAGCUUAGUUUCUCCAGCUGGGAGUGAAAACUUUGAAGAUGAAGAAAACUUGGAUUCUGAAGGCGAAAUGAAUAGCGAAGAUAUGGAAGAAAAUGACUCAUAUGAAGAAGACAAUAUGGAAAAUGAGGAAGAACAAAUGGAAGAAGAAGAAGAAGAGGAAAUGGAAGAGGAAGAGGAAGAGGAAGAAGAAGAAGAAGAAGAAGACUAUGAUAGUGAUGCCAGUCAAGAAAACCCAAGAAAGAAGCAAAAAAUUAGCGAAGAGCAGAACAACUCCAAAUAUAUUCCUCCAGCAUUAAGAGCAGUGGAUUCUACAAAAAAGUUCAAAGGAUUAUUAAACAGAAUUUCUGACCAAAACAUCGAGCCCAUUACUGCACAAAUUUCAGAGCUCUAUAAAACUGAAAGCAUGAAUAUCCUAAAUGACAACUUGUGGGAAUUCCUAGAAUCUAGCGUUAAUAGCUCAAAUAUGCCUCCUCAGCUUCUAGCAGUAUAUUCUGCAGAAAUUUCUGCUCUUGGCAGACUUAUUGGUAGAGAAAUUCCAGCUUUUAUUCUAGAUAAAUUAUUCAAUUGUUUAUCGCUAUACUAUAUAAAUUUAAAAUGGUGUUGCGAGCCAGCCAAUCUUCUUAGCAUCUGUAGCUGGGGAAGCUCGGGGAUCUUGUGGAAGGGAGGAGGAUAGAGUUCGGUAAUGAGCAUACGACCGACCGCAGCUCAUUUAAAAGUCAAAGUUUUACUUCUGGGGAAUAUGGAAGCUUAAAGUUGGAAAAGGAAGGGAAGGCUUACCAAGGUCCUCUAGAUCAAGCAUGAAUUUUCAGCGCAGUUCGGGAGUUUCACCCUAGGCUGCAAGCUCCAUCUUAUAGAUAACUUUGCCAGAAAUUCGAAUUUUCUAGAAUGGUAACCCAAGUCAGGCUAUAAUUAGCGUGCGAGACUAUUUCUGGGCAGCAUAGCCUAUAGGCAGACAGCAGGCAGUCGCGAAGCAAGCGGGAAAAAAAAACCUUACGAGAUAUUACAGAAGUUUUUUUUUUACCUUAACUAAGAACAAAGUUUAUCACUAAACUCCAAGAGUUACCUAUCAGUUUGGGGCUAUCUUUAUUAUUUUGAUGUAAUAGGCACUCCAAUAAUAACUGGACUGAUUCGCCAUUUAACUGAAAAUUUGUCUGAAGACACUUUGGACCUUUUAAUUUUGCUAUUCAACCUAAUUGGGUUCAAGCUGAGAAAGGAUGAGCCAGGAGAGCUGAAAAAAAUCAUUGAUGAAAUCAGGGAAAAAGGGAAAAACGUAAAAAGCGAUGGGAAGAGGAUGAGUUUUAUGCUCGAAACUUUGACUAAUAUAAAAAACAAUAAGAAAAUGAUAAACCAAACUGAAGACAGAUUGAAAUUCCUUAAAACAUGGCUAAAGAAAACUGUAGGGAAGAAAGCAAACGCUAAGGAUGCAAAAAUAACAGCUAGAUGGGAGGAUUUAGGCAGCUCUAACUGGAGAAGCUUACUGCAGCCAACUUUUGAAUUCACAAAAAAAUCAUCAUCUAUUGACCCUGAGCUCGAGAAACUGGCUCAGUCCCAGCAUAUGAACACUGACAACCGUCGGCAAAUUUUCAGUUUGAUUAUGUCUUCUGAAGACUAUAUGGAUGCUUUCGCUAAAAUAUCCAAGUUAAAAAAACAAGAAAGAGAUAUAGUCAGAGUCAUUAUUACUUGCUGUGGGCAAGAACUUGCGUAUAAUCAAUUUUAUGCUUUACUAGCUAGUCAAUUGUGCAUUGAUAAGCCUUCAUACAAAUAUUCUUUUCAAUAUGCCCUAUGGGAUAACCUAAAGCAGCUUCACGAAUUUUCUGUCAGAAAAAUCUCAAAUAUUGCCAAACUCUAUGCCUAUAUGAUCAAAACAGAAAGCAUGGGGCUGGGAUGUCUAAAGGCUGUAGACUUCGACAGCCUGAACGACAAUUUAUCAAUGUUUUUAAGGAUUUUAUUAGAAAACAUACUUUUAGCAGACGAAAGCAUAAUAGCAAAGAUCUUUUACAAGGUUGGGAGUAAUGAAAAACUUAAGGCACUAGCUGAGGGGUUGAAAGUAUUUCUAAAAUUCGCAAUUUUAAAUCAUCCAAGAAAAGGGUUUAUAGAGCAGCUGGGUAAUGAAAAUAUUUUCAAAGAAAAAAUCAAGGCUGCAAGAGAUUUAUUAAAAGUUAUUAAGCUAUUAAGUAUACGGUCAUAAGUAAUCCUGCAGGCGCUGACCAUCCACCCCGUCUCGGCUCCAAAAUGGCAUCGAAAGACGCCAUUUUGAAUUUCUGGCCUGAAACACCUAUCCAGGGUAUUAGCUCGCCCUGGGCAGAGCCGCUUCUAGAUAGCGCCCCGAUGAGGAAAGACCAUGUGGUAGGCAAAACCUUUCUAGCCCAUCUGGCAGAGGCAGGGAAAACCUUCGGGGGGGAGAAAUAAACUUCCCUUUUCAGCAAGACACCCCCAAGCCUGAAGGCCUACUUCCACCGGGACAGAGGCAAAUCAGGCUUGGUCCUACCUACUCCAUAGGGGGUGCGCCUCGGAGUCCAAGUUCCGUCAACGUCACCAUUAUAUUUCUAUUUAUUGAAAGGAAUCUCAUAA